GUGAGCAUCAGAAACAAGCUAUGGCGCGUUCAUUGCCAACUCUUGUUACAACCUUGUGUUUGGUCCUCCAUAUCCAGUCAUGUACUGGUGGCGAGGCUGAGAUCAUCGGAGGGAAGAAGGUGAAGGCUCAUUCUCUGCCCUACAUGGCUCUCCUGCUGAACAGCACCGGGGAGCCCGUCUGCGGGGGGACCCUCCUCUCUUCCAGAUGGGUGCUGACCGCGGCCCACUGCACUGACAUAACCAUGGUGUACCUUGGGGUGAACUCUAUUAAGAAGAGCCAGAAGGAUAAGUCUGUUCAGGUCCAGAAAGUUUUAAAGCCUUACCUCCAUCCCCGUUUUAACUGGGACAAGAAGGUCAAUGAUCUCCAGCUGAUAAAGCUCGACCAAGAGGCGAAGCCGACCAAGACCGUAAAGUAUUUGCCAUUGGCAAAUGUAAUCCCAGACCCCAAGGAAGGAACCAAAUGUGUGGUUGCUGGUUGGGGGGCCGUCAGCCUCAAGAAGCUCAAAAUGUCUGAUGUCCUUAUGUCCGCCGAUGUCGCUGUUAUCAAAAGAGAAACGUGCAACUCGCCCAAGUAUUACAAUUCCAACCCUGUCAUCACUCCUGACAUGGUAUGUGCUGGAACACUAGGAAAGAAAUGGCUUAAGAAAAAAAAGGAUACCUGUACGGGAGACUCUGGAGGACCUCUGGUGUGCAACGGUGUGCAAAUAGGAAUCACUUCCUUUGGCGAAAGCUGCGGUGUUAAGACCAAACCAGGAGUGUAUACCUUUCUUUCCAAAGAACACAUUGCCUGGAUAAAGGGCACAAUGCGUAAAUCUGAGUUCUUCUGAAACAUCUGCAACUCAUUUAUGUCAAAUUGAUCCUAAUGGUAUUGUUUUUUUGGGGAUAAUGAUUUGGAUGAAAUGUGUGCUACACUCAAUAGUUGUGUUGUCUAUUAAAGGUUUGGACAGUCCUAAAUUCUUCUACAAAGAUGAAAGAUCCAACCCUGACUGUAAUUUGUGUCUUUUUGAGAUAACAACCCAGUAGAGAAUGGAUUAGGGAUCAUUUGGAGUAACCAUAAUGGACUACUCACAGGAAUCAAAAUCAGUUCUCAAGGUUUUUAAUGAGAAAGUAACUGGCUAAAGUAAGCUUCACACAGUUAACUAAUGACAAACACACACACACACACACACACACACACACACACACACACACACACACACACACACACACACACACACACACACACACACACACACACACACAACCCCAAUUGGCUUAGGAUAGAAAGGUUGUAUGCCAGACAUGUUGAAUGUUAUUAACUUAUAAAAUGUUCCUGCAUUGCUGCAAGCUAUUUAAUACAUGUACAAAUUAAAAAGGAAUCCAUCACGUAGUAGGACUGAUUGGCAAUUUCGAUGGGCAAGAGGCCUGUAUAGUCGAAGCAUGUGACGAGUAUGCAAGUACUUAUUGCCACCACUAGAUGGUGCCCUCCGUACGAUUGAACUAUAAUUUUCCUGUAAUCUUUUCGUCAUCGUUUUUUCAUCAAUUAAUUUAAAUCAUCCAGGAAUGAUAAAAAAAAAAGACUAAACUAUAUUUUAUUAAGUAAUCCUUAAUCUUAUGUUUUUAUUAUUGAGGGUUUAAUU